CCACUACGGGCGACUCACGGCAUUAGUCCAUUACGGCAAAACCAAGCGGAAGCUAAAAAGCUCUCUAAAAAAACGUACGGACGGCAUUACGGCAAAGCAGAAGUUCUCCAAAGGUGAGGUUUGUAAGUUUAUUUCUAAUUUAUUCUGUACUUGCGGGAUUACGGCACCUGCUUCUUAGUUGCGACAGAGGAUUGUUUUAAAAAUUACAAUCGCUAAUAAUCAAGAAUAUUGAGAAUUGUUUGUUUACUUGAAAUUUGAUAGUUUGAAUUUGUGAAUGCGCUCUAAUUAGGAGUUAGGGUUCUAAUUUGUAAGAUUUUUUUUUCUUUUAAUUUAGUGAAUAAUUAGGAUGCAUAAAUUGAUUUAAUUAGAUUUUAUUGUAUUUUUCUUUUUUACUAGGAAAAUGAGUUUGGAUAAAUUUGUAAUUCGGAGUAAGAGGUCUUUAACACUAGGAGAUAGUUCUUCAAAUGUUGCUAAUCAGUCUAUCUCAAGUAAUGCAAUUGUUGUUGCUUCGAAUGUAAGUACUGUUUGAGAUGCGUCUAAUGACAUAAGAGGAGACAAAAGAGCCCGCACAGAUAGUACGUCUGAAUUGGAUAUCAUUAGCGAUCCAGCGUUACGAAAGCCAAUAAAUGAGUAUGAGCCUCGAGUAAGAGAUGAUGUGAUGAGAGCAUAUGUAGUUAAAGGUGCUUGUCAACUGUUGUCUCAUAAAUUUCCACAAACUUUAUUUGGGAAAAAAUGAGAUAUUUUCAAGCGGAAUGGUUUAAAAAUUGGGAAUGGUUAGAAUAUAGUGUUUCUAAAGAUGCCGCAUUUUGCUUUUGAUGUUACCUUUUCCAUGGGGUAGAAGGGAGGAGAUUUGGAGACGAUGUAUUUACGAGGACCGGAUUUCGUAAUUGGAAGAAAAGUCCUGCAAGCUUUUGAGAACAUGUAAGAAUUGUAACUAGUCCCCACAAGAAUAAAAAACAAAGCCUUUCAAGAAGUGUGGCUUCAGGAAUACAAACAUUGGGUGUUGCAUAUCGCAUCCGUUUGAAUGCAAGUGUGGAUUGUGCAAGAUUUUUAAUUGCACAAGGGUUGGAUUUUCGUGGACAUGAUGAGUGAGAAACAUCAUCGAAUAGAGGAAAUUUCUUGGAAUUGCUUGAUUGGUAUAGUGCACGCAAUGUUGAAGUUGAGAAGCUCGUGAUAAUUCUGUGAAAGAGCAAAUGGAAAUUGUUGUGAGAGGUCAAGGAUAUGAUGGAGCUUCUAAUAUGCGAGGUGAGCUUAAUGGAUUGAAGAUUCUUAUUUUGAAUGCAAAUCCACAUGAUCUUCUUGUAAGAGAAAAGACGAGUUUCGGCAAAAGCAACAUGAAGUCAUGGUAGAGAUGUUAGAAAAGGGUGAGCUUACAACUGGGAGAGGAUUGAAUCAAGAGAGUAGUUUAGCUAGGCCGGGAGCUACACGUUGGGGUUCACAUCAUACAACCAUUAUUCGUAUUCUUUCUAUGUGGUCUCCUACAAUUCAAGUUUUGGACAAUAUAUUUGAUGAUGGAACUGAUCUAAAAUCGAGAGGCACUGCCAGUAGCUAGGCAGAUAAGAUGGAGAGUUAUCAGUUUGUUUUUAUUGCUCAGUUGAUGAAUAAAGUACUGGGAUUGAUGAAUAUAUUCUCGCAUUUCUUGCAACAAAAAGAUCAAAAUAUUAUCGAGGUUGUGAGCUUAGUUAAAAGCACUAAAGCUAAAUUUCAAGAUCUGAGAGAAAGUGGAUGGAAUGAUCUCUUGGAAGAUGUCAAUAGCUUUUGUGUCAAGAACAAAAUUGACAUUCUUAACAUGAAAGAGAUGAAUCAUCGUUCUAGACGUGUUCGUCACCCGAUAACAAAUUAUCACCACUUUCGUGUUGAUAUAUUUUGCCAGGUACUUCAAGAUGAUUAUUAUUAUUAUUAUUAUUAUUAUUUUUGUUUUGACUUUAUUAUUGUUACUAUUGUUUUCAUUGUAGGUUAUUGAUCAGAUCAGUCUUGAGAUGGAGAAUCGCUUUAGUGAGUCAAACACAGAAUUACUCACUUGUUUAGCAUGUCUUGAUCCUAGAGAUAAGUUCUCCAAUUUCUGUGAGACAAAGCUACUGAACCUAGUGGAGUUAUAUUCAUGCGAUUUUUCAUUUAUUGAUCAAAUGGAGCUGAAAGAGCAACUUCAGGUGUGGAUAUAUGAAAUGAGAACAAAUGAAUUAUUUUCUGGCGUACAAACUAUUAGUGAAGUUUGUAAAAAGAUGGUUGAGCUUAAAGUUCACAAUUCUUUUCACUUAGUAUAUCGUCUGAUUGAGUUGGCUUUAGUAUUACUAGUUGUAACAGCCACCAUUGAAAGGGUCUUCUCUGUGAUGAAUAUUAUCAAGACAGAUCUUCACAAUAAGAUGAGAGAUGACUAUCUUACGGAUUGCUUGGUGUGCUACAUCGAGAGAGAUGUUUUUAGAAGCAUUGAUAAUGAAAUUAUUAUGCAACAUUUUCAGAAUAUGAAAACUCGUAUGCUUGAUUUACCACAGUUGUAGUAGUUGACUAUUUAAUAUGUAAUUAACUUUUCCG